AUUCCAACAACAACAAGCGUCGGCCUUGGUCUGCGUUGUUGUGUGGGGCAACUGGCAAGUGUGGGGCAAGAUUACUUCAGUUGGGCAAACUAGACUUUUGGAAUCAAAAUAUGGAGGCAUCAAUAAUUUGAUUCUGGUGGGAGGAGCCAUGACCAAAUAUGGGCAUGGAAUCAAUUUUUUGAUUCAUUUGGGUACACUUUUGACUUCAAAUGUAUCGUUACGGUUGAAAGAAGGCCCAUGACGAUACUGGCACGCUCAUAACAAUAAGAUCAAGAUGGCUCACCGCUGCAAGGCAUCUAACCAGCUCAAUGACUUCAAAAGGACCUGUGUGGCUCCGGAACAAUGCACCACCAGCCAGGGUCACCCGAUGGACACAAAGACGGCAUCCCUGACAGCUGGGCCACGCGGGCCGCAGCUCAUCCAGGACCACAGCUACAUCGAUGAGAUGGCCCACUUUGACCGGGAGAGGAUUCCAGAGAGGGUGGUACAUGCCAAGGGUGCAGGUGCGUUCGGCUACUUUGAGGUGACUCACGACAUCACGCGCUACUGCAAGGCGUCCGUGUUCUCCGAGGUCGGCAAGCGGACGCCGCUGGCAGUGCGCUUCUCGACUGUGGGAGGCGAGAGCGGCUCUGCCGACACCGUGCGCGACCCGCGCGGCUUCUCGCUGAAAUUCUACACGGAGCAGGGCAACUGGGACCUGGUCGGAAACAACACGCCCAUCUUCUUCAUUAGGGACCCCAUCCUCUUCCCCAGCUUCAUCCACACGCAGAAGAGGAAUCCUGCUACUCAUCUGAAGGACGCCGACAUGUUCUGGGACUUCAUCACGCUGCGGCCGGAGACGACACACCAGGUAUCGUUCCUGUUCUCGGAUCGCGGCAUCCCUGACGGUUACCGGCACAUGAACGGAUACGGGUCGCACACCUUCAAACUGGUCAACGACAAGUGCGAGCCCGUCUACUGCAAGUUCCACUACAAGACGGACCAGCAGAUCAAGUGCCUGCCGGUGGACAAAGCCGCCGAGCUGUCGGGCUCCAACCCCGACUACGGCAUCCAGGACCUCUACAACGCCAUCGCCGACGGCAACUUCCCCACCUGGACAUUCUACAUCCAGGUCAUGACGUUCGAGCAGGCCGAGAGCUGCAGCUUCAACCCGUUCGACCUGACCAAGAUCUGGCCCCACAGCGACUACCCGCUGAUUCCUGUCGGAAAGCUGGUGCUCAACCGCAACCCCAAGAACUACUUUGCCGAGGUGGAGCAGCUGGCCUUCUGUCCGGCCAACAUGCCGCCCGGCAUCGAGGCCAGCCCCGACAAAAUGCUCCAGGGCCGCCUGUUCUCGUACAACGACACGCACCGGCACCGUCUGGGUCCCAACUACAUGGCAAUCCCGGUCAACUGUCCGUACCGGGCCCGCGUCAGGAAUUACCAGCGAGACGGACCGAUGUGUGUGGACGACAACCAGGCCGGGGCGCCCAACUACUUCCCCAACAGCUUCAGCGGCCCCGUGGAGAAUGCGGUCCACUCGUGCUCGCCGUUCCAAGUGACCGGAGACGUGCGACGCUAUGAGACCGGCAACGAGGAUAACUUCUCACAGGUGACCGUGUUCUGGAACAAGGUGCUGAACGAGGCCGAACGAGAGAGACUGGUCAGCAACAUAGCCGGACACCUGAAGAACGCCCAGAUAUUCAUCCAGCAACGCGCCGUGAAGAACUUCAGCCAGGUCCAUCCCGAGUUUGGGCGGCGUAUCCGCGAGGCUCUCACCCGGCUGGAGGGUCCCACGGCCGGCCAGCAGCUCUCCAGCCUCUAGGAGGUCACCUCUGAGGUCACCUCUGAGGUCACAGGGGGUCGCUGGAGGUCACGGGGUCCUGCCGGCCCACCCGUGGCGGCGGAACUGUGCGGGUUGUCGGGGUAUGCACACAGAGGGACGCGGCGCCGGCUGGGACGGGUAGUGCCAGCGGGAGAGCCGACCGUUCCCUUACUGAUGGAUCAUGCGGUCUGAUGGUCCUAACUGCGUAAUAUAUCAAUGGCGGGUAUUGGGUGUCAGUUAACGGCGGAAAACCCAAGGUUUUCUGUGUUUUGUGUAUGUUACCAAUAUUAUUCAUGCGAAUUAUUGCUUAAGAUAGCUAGAUUUAGAAUGUGCACAUUUGUGGGAUCACUGUGUGCGCUUUGUGUGUUCUUCACUGAAACGCGUUAAACGCACCGCUUGCCAACGAGAUUCCGCUGUGUUUCCCCCGUGCAAUUUGGCCGAGGCAAUUGUGUGUCUUGCGUACGGCUUCAGUUUCAGCCUUAGUUGGUAUCUGUGUUGUGCCUGUUACCUUGAAAUGGGACUUUUGUCCUCCAUCAGCGUCUCGACCUUGAGUGUAUAACACGGAACAGUCUGCUGAAACAACAAUUGAGCUUAACAAGCGCGGUGAUUUGAUCAGAAGUGUAAGGACCUUGUUGGGACCUUUGUGGUUCGGCUUUGUGUGCAGUGCCUGCUCGGAACGAGCGACGGUAUGAUUAGAAGCAGCUGUGAGCUCUGCUCAUGUCACGGGAAGCCGACCCCACUGCCUGGGUUCUGUGGUAUCAACAAUGGGCCGCGGUGACCGCGGUCGUGCGCAGUGUGCAUUAUCCAGGCAAAUCCGCGUGCGCCGGUCACGAUUGUCGAGUCGUUUCCUGAUAAACGGGUCUCGUAUGUUGACUGGCAGCCACUGAAUGGUAUUGAUGGCCUUUGGAGAUAUAAUAAAACGUCGGGGUGUAGCUCUUUUUUUC